AUGUCGUCUAGCGGGGGUGCAUCUCUCCCGCUAAAGAGCCAUGCCUCUACAGUACAGGGUGUGAUAUGGACGAUGUCCAUGGUUCCCUUGGUUUUCGUUUUGAUGCGCCUGUAUGUGCGAGUAUGUAUGCGGAGAGUGUUUGGCUGGGAUGAUGGCAUUGCAAUUGCGGCAAUUGGUUGUCUGGUUGCAUACGCUGCUGUCUGCCAUGUUGCUGCAAGCUUGGGAUUAGGAGAGCAUCUCGAAAUUGCCCAGGAAAAUCCAGAUAAACUUAUCCAGGUGGCGCUCUUGUGCAAUAUUGGCGAAAGUUUGGCAAUCAUGGCAUGCACCCUUGGCAAGACGUCCUUUGCUGUCAUGUUGCUUCGGGUCGUGGUUCAUAGAUGGAUGAUUAUUGUGUUAUGGUUCGUGAUUGUUACAAUGAACGUUGUCAACAUCUUGGCUGCCCUCUUUGUUUUCCUGCAAUGCAACGACCCGCGACAUUUGUGGAAUCCAAUGACUCCCUCCGAGUGUUGGCCGUCGUACGUCUUUACUAAUUUCUCUCUAUUUGUUGGUGCCUAUUCUGGAGCACAAGACUUUGUCCUAGCACUACUGCCGUGGAGGAUUGUCUGGUCAUUGCAAAUGAGGAAGAAGGAAAAGGUUGGCGUGGCAGUUGCAAUGAGUCUUGGAAUCUUCGCAGGCGCAGCAUCCAUAGUUAAAACAACCUACCUGGUGGGCCUCUCGGCCAAAGUCGACUUCACAUGGGAACUUGCUCCCUUAUUAAUCUGGGCAGCCGUGGAAGAUGGUCUCAUCAUCACCGCUGCAUCCAUUCCCGCGCUUAAGCCUCUCUUAACGAAGAUAUUCCCCGGCACAGCAUCAGACGAUUACAACAUGAUCCUGUAUCCACGCCUGCCCCCUAACCACAAGGUCUUCGACAACUCCCAGGGUGAAACGCAGACAGACAUUGGACAUACGUCUAUUCACGAGUCGGGAAGUCAAACGGCGAUCCUAGAGCCUAUAUGUCUAAAGGGUGAAAAAAUCAACAUGACAACCGAGGUCUCAGUCACAUAUAAUCAUACCUCGUAA